AUGAAACUUCGGCUUCAUGAUGAACUCGUUGCGGCCCAGUGCCACAGAAACGAGAAGAGCAUGCCUUCAUCGAAGACUUUGCCAGCAGUAGUCAUCAUCCGUUCUCCCGUCUUCUUGAUGACCUCAAUGGGCCAGGAGCAUCCUGAGCAUCAACGUGAUCACGCCACCACCUAUGUCUAUGUCAGCGAUGCAGGCCAAAUAGGAGGCCUAGAUGGACCGUGUGCAUCAGGCACCACUUCAAGGAGCUCACGUGGAACCCACGAAUGUUCACCAGGGGACCCUAGUCAGAUACACAUCACUUCUCCAACCAUGGGAGCUUUUCAGCUGUUGGCAGUUAAAUGCAAUUCAAGGUGCAUAUGUUUCUGCGUGGUAGCCUCUUAG